AUGGCGCGGGAGGGCUCCGGGAGGGCGGGGUGCUCGCGCCGGGCGGGGGCCCGGGGCGGGGGGCCGUGGCGGCCCCCGACCUGGGAGGUCUCGGACUCGGACGGCGAGGGCCUCGCCGGCGCGGAGGCCGACGCGACGGCCUGCAGGCCGGUGGAGGAACGCAGGGCGGCGGCGGAGGAGCGCAGGGCGGUGGCCGAGGCGCUGCGGCCCGAGCAGGCCCUGCGGCGCGUGGCGGUGCGCGUGGACGCAGCCCUUCUGGAAGAUGCUGGUGCCGACAUCCUGCUGGAGGCCCUGCGCGCCCUGGGCUGUGAGUACCACGUCGAACCCCAGCGGCCGGCCCGGAGCCUCAGGUGGACCAGAGCGAAGCCGGACCCUUGUCCCCGCACUGUGCCUUCGGAGGUGUGGGCUGCAGAUGAGCAGGACGUCCUUCUGCUCCUGGAGCCCGAGGAGUUUCUGCAGGGCAUCCAGCAGCUGACCCAGACUCGUGGCCCAUCUUGCUCCGUGCCAUGGAUCUGUCCUGAGAGCUCCACCAACCCCCACCUGGCUGUCGUCGGGCUGGAUGCCUACCUGUGGUCUCACCAGCCCAGCAGCCAGGAGAUGCGACAGCCAGAGAGUACAUCGGUGGCCCGUGCCGCAGUGGCACUCAGCUGGCCCAAGGUGGAGGAGGCCCUGGUGCUCCUGCAGCUCUGGGCACAUCUGGACGUAUUGCUGGUGGCCUCCUGGCAGGAGCUGAGUCAGCAUGUGUGCGCCUUCACCAAAGCCCUCGCUCAACGCCCCUUCAGGCGGUACCGGGAGUCCUGUGCCUUCUCCUUCUGUGUGGCUGGGCGCUGGGCAGCCAGCGAGCGCGUGGCGAGUGAUGGCACAGGGCUGCGGGGCAUCUGGUGGCGGCAGAUCAGGCAGUUCCACCGGGUCAGCCCGGCCGUGGCCCAUGCCAUUGUCACCGCCUUCCCCUCCCCUCGCCUUCUGCAGCAGGCAUACAGGAGCUGCAGCACGGAGCAGGAGCGCCUGGCCCUCCUGGCAGACCUCCCCGUGAAGGGCUAUGGAGCGGCCACACAAGCCACGCGGCCAAGGAGGCCAGAAGCAGAGACAGAUGCCAACAGGAGACGGGAGGAAGGCCCAAAGCACCCCACCUGCAUGGAAUGCUGAUCCCCCAAAAGCCAAGGCAGACCCACUGCUAGUGAGAGGUGACCCCCUUCCCACUGUCAAGUGCCAGGGUCGCAGACCUGCGCACUGGGGGGUCAAUCUGGCCAACCCCCUGCACAGCAACCCACCACCAACCACAGGACAAGCAUCAGAGCCGAAGGGAAGGGAGAUGGGUGUUCAGCCUCCAGACAUGCUCAGGGUGACACGCCCACCCACACAGCCAAGGACUCCAAGCCCAUUAGGCGACAGACAAGCUUCAAACGUGUCACGUGCUAUGCCCUGGUCCCUCAACACCUCCUGCAUCUCAUAGCGAUGAGCUGGCCAGGCAGAGACAGGCAGGAGAACAGAUUGCUCAGGUCACGUGGUCAGGGGGAGCUGGAGGCGGGACAGGAAUGCAGGCCGAGGCCUCUUGCUGGCCUGGGCAGGGAGUCUGCGGAGGCCCUAGGAAGGGGCACAAGACACUACCAGCGCCUCCCAUUCUCCCUCCAGGUCUCGCAGUUCCACGGGGCUCAGCCACCCUCACUCUAAAGACACCCGGCUGGGCCGGGGCAAUAACACGGGGUGGCUGUGACGUGGCAGAGCCCAGUCACCCAAGGAUCACCCCUGCAGGAAACAGCUGGGGUGACUCAGAGCAGAACUGAACCCCUACCCUGGUCUGAGAGCCCUGAGAAACCAUCCACAGUGCCUACCGCCAGCAACAGGCACAGAGGCCACGCAGUCCUGCUGCCCCAUCCACCAUGGCGGGUUGGGACAGCCAAGCGCUCAGGGCCGGCAGGCAACCUGCACUGCACGUGAACAACCCAGCCGCUCCUCUGACCACUCCUGGGCUCCCUGGCCUCCCAGAGCUCUGCAGCUGCCGAGUGUGCGAAGGUGCAGGCGUUUUGGGCUCUAAAAAUUGUAAGUUCUCUUUCUACAUACAUAGACACAAACAUCAAGCGUAUGUCUGUACGAGUGGAGAAAACAUUCAGGAACACACACGUCAAGCUACUUUUGGACACUGGUUGGAUAAACGGAAUGGAGUUUUUGUUGAACUGACCACAUACGCAACUGCUGUGCCCCAGAAACGAGAAUAGAGGUGGGAUCUGCCCUGGGGUCCUGUCACCCCAGGACCACAUGGGUCCUUAACCCGGGGAAAGGAGGGCCUGCCUGGCCCGUCCUCGGCCCUUGGGGGCAUCUUUCUCUUUCAGUCCUGGCUCAGG